CGGGAGGCAGUCAUGGCGGCGCGGUGCGUGAGGUUGGUGCGGCGCGGCCUCCCGGCUUUGGCGCUGUCUCUCAGGCCCGCUCCCCGGCUGUUGUGCACAGCUGCGAAACAGAAGAACGGCCAGAACCCAGAAGACGACGGACACAGUGAGCAGCAGACAGACGCUCCCUCUGCAGAGAAGACACUCAUGGGGGAGAAGGUCAAGUUAGAAGAGCAGCUGAAGGACACUAUGGAAAAAUACAAGCGAGCUUUGGCAGAUACUGAGAACUUGCGGCAGAGGACCCAGAAGUUGGUGGAGGAGGCAAAGUUAUAUGGCAUCCAGGGCUUCUGCAAGGACUUGUUGGAGGUUGCAGACAUCUUGGAGAAGGCCACACAGUGUGUUCCCAAAGAAGAGAUCACAGAUGACAACCCCCACCUGAAGAGCCUCUACGAGGGGCUUGUGAUGACCGAGGUGCAGAUCCAGAAGGUGUUCACAAAGCAUGGCCUGCUCCGGCUGGACCCCGUGGGUGCCAAGUUUGACCCCUACGAGCACGAGGCCUUGUUCCACACACCCAUGGAGGGGAAGGAGCCAGGCACGGUAGCGCUGGUGAACAAAGUGGGCUACAAGCUGCACGGGCGCACCCUGCGGCCUGCCCUGGUGGGGGUGGUGAAGGGAGCAUAGCUUCCCUGGGUGUGGGGGUGGUUCUGGGUAAUCACUGGCUGUAGCUCUUAAAGGGCUGGUUCAUCCGUCUCAUCUGUGAUACUCCUGACCCUUCCCAAACCUUGUUGGAAAGCUUUAGUAACCAGCGGCUACAGAGAAUAGGCUGGUAGCACAGCUACGGUGCUGGACUCUAAUUUGGGAGCCUGUUUGUUGAUUUUCAAUACACCUUUAAUAGCCCACAUGCUACAGAACAGGCCGACAGGACCCAUUGGGCCCUAGAGUAUCAUGAAUAACGCUACAUUGCUCAAAGUCUGAUGACAUCCAAGUAUUUUAAAUGAAUAAAAGGUCUUCAGGAAUCAUGCUGUUUGGCUAGUGGGCCACCCGUCUGCCCUGUGCGUCUCUGCUUCUCACUUCAGCGCGAGAUCAGGAAUCCUCUGCCCUCUACAUCUCAGUCAGUGAAGGAAGGCAGGACUUUAAGCUUUGUUUUUGCUCAGAAAAGUUGUAUGUCCUUGGUGAACAUAGGUGAGUUCAUCUAUAGUUAUCCUCUAGCUGCUAAAAGUGGCUAAUGUGUGGCUUUUCUUUGGGUGUGAAAUGAACAUAGGUACCUUCACAGUUCUCACCAUCUUGCCAGUAACCAAGGUUGACAAAAUCAGUUACUCUUGUCUUAUUUUGUUCAUCUAUUUUUAGAAAUGCUUAUAUUCAGCUAGGUACUGAUCACCUGGAGGUGUGUCCCUAGUAAGAUGGUCUUUCUCAGAAUCUGAGGACUGCGUGCUUGGUACAUUUUAAAUGUUAAUGUUUAGUUUUUAAAUUUUAUUUAAGAGGAUUAAAGCCUAAUGUUUAUUUUCCUACUUUCUGAUAAGUAUUUUGUGUACUUGGUUGAGAUCCUUACUUAGGACGGAGUGACCUAGCUUUCUGUUCUCUGCUCAAGUUCUGAAACUGUGUACCUAACACACACACACAGACACAUGCUCGCUUCCUUCCAGUGCGCUGCAGGCUGGCAUGUGACUGGCCUGCUCAGGGUGGGCAUGGAUGCUACGGACUGUGAUGGGGACCACAAACACUCAGGGGCUGCAGCAAGAACAGAGUCUGCAAAGGCUGGCCUGGGACUCGCCAUAGGAUCCUCUAUAUCUGUUAUAAACAAAAAAACUGCCUACUGCAUUUGUUUCUAAUGGGGUACAUAAAAAAUUAGCAGCUGUGAUUUUACUUUGCUUAUAAUUUUGAAAGAUGUAAUACUCCCAUAAUUAAAAUUUCAAUUUAUACAGUUUCAAAA